GGGAGCGGGAGAAAAUAAUAUACCUAUAUAUUUUUUGCGGGAACGGGCAGGAGCGGGACUGAAAAAUCCGUCCCGCGCAGGUCUCUAGUUCGAAGUGUUCGCUCACGCGAGAGACCGUUGGAGAAUGCAUGAAGUGCACAUACGCGAAUGUAGUUCGGCGCUCAGUCCAAACCGUGAUUACGGCAUUAAAAAAAAGAUAUACUGUACCUCUAAAAUAUUAAUGUUUGCAGAGUGCUACCAGAAUUAUUUUUUUCAACUUUUAAAAAUAUCUUAUAUUGUUAUAUUUCGACGCGAUAUCAACAUAGUGGCAAUGCUGUUCUUGCUUGCUCACAGCAGUCAUUGAAAUCUCAGUUAUGAGACUCCGCAUUGUUUGUAACAAUCGAUCUGGUUUUAUUCAGCGGUCUGAUAAGGCUUUUUUUUCUCAUAUGGCGACGCGGUCCCGCAACACUAAUAUCUGUUAUACGUGCGUUAUUGAAGGUUGGCGACGUAGGACUGCAAGUGAGAUGAGGACCUGCCUUCGGCUCUUACCUAGCAACCCGACCGCGUCAGAUUGGUGCUGUUCUCGAACUCGUUUUCCGCCAUCUUUCUACGGUCGACGUCACAUUCUACGCAGCUUAUAAGCACCUGUGCUGCGCGUUCUGGUACACUUAGCUGUAGUAAGUCAAAGAAGCAGAGAUGGAUACAGUCUGCAAGAACUUGGAGAAAGAACUGACAUGCGCCAUAUGCCUACAACUUUUUGAGGAGCCUCUGGAGUUGCCGUGCAUGCACAACUUUUGCCAGGAGUGCAUCUGCAGGGCUUGGGAUGACAAUGUAGGUGCAAAGCGGUGCCCAGAGUGCAACCGCACCUACAAUAGGGAGCCAUUUGUUGCAGAGAACCUGAAAUUAGCCAACAUUGUCCAGCGGUUCAAGGACUUGGAAGCCCCGAUGCCAUUAGUGGCAUCAGGCUGUGCAGUGUGUGGCAAACAGGUUCGGAAAGUCUGCCUCCAUUGUGCUGAAGGUUGCUGUGCAGCCCACGUUCAGAUGCACAUUGACCAGGCAGGGCAUUUGCUGGUCAAUGCGGAAGACAUGCAGAGCUGGACCUGCCUUCAGCACGGCAAUUAUAAAUUGUACCACUGUGAUGAGGAGAACACAGUGGUGUGCCAGCAGUGCUACUUGGCCAGGUGUGUCCCCAGCCAUGGUCAAGCGGUGUGCGACGUGGAGGUCCGUCGCAAUGGCAUGAGGCAAGCAUUCAUGGAGCAGCAGGGGAAGAUAGAGGAGCGGAUGUUAGCCAUAAGAGAAACCUUGACAAUAGCAGAGGCAAAUAAAUGGCAGACAGAGGUAGGACAGCUGCCGGUCGGAGCCCAAGGUCCUCUCUGAGCGCUGGGUGGCCGGUGUGCCCAGCUGCUUUGAGGUUUUCGGGAUCUCAAAGUGUCAUUCAGCUCUCUGAGCAUGUGACAUAUCCCAAACUGCUUGUGUUGCAGAAGAGUUUCCGGACAAUCAGGGAAACGGUGGAGCUACGAUACCGGAAAAUGCAAGAGCUCCUGAUGUGGGACAUGGACAGGACUCUGCAGAAGCUGGACGCGGCCCACUCCAGGUUCUGUGCAGAGAGCUCAGCUCAGAUCUUGCGGCUCAGUAAGACUGAGGAGGACACCAUGGAAUUGCUGAGCUCUGUCCAGAUGGCCCUUCAAAAAACAGAGGACGUCAACUUCAUGAAGGACACUGCAUCAUUCAGAGAGUGGCUGAAUAGAUCAGAGAGCAACAUCAGCAGGGAGUCCCCUCUCCUGAGUCAGGCAAACUUUGAACCCAGACACUUCCUGGUGGAAGUCUCGAAGAACCUACAGAACCUCCUGGAAGGGCCUCCUAGUACCUCAACAACAUUGUCCCAAUCCAAACUAGGAACCACUAGGGCAGAAAAGAGGAAGUUUUCUAUGGCUUUCUCCGAGAGCGACAUGGGGGCAGUGACAAAGCAGCGAUGUACUACCUAG